UAUCUUGUAUUUUUAUAUUAUCUUGUAUUAUAUAUAGAGAGACUGCACCUUAAAAAAAAACCCACAUUUUUUUAACGCCUUGCACUUAAGCCCUAAAAGACUAUUGUGCUUUAUUAUGCCUUGAGCAUUGAAAAACAUUAGACACAGAGAUCACGGAGAUGAUUGAGGAGUUUCUUCUUCAUCUGUCCUCUAGGUUGUAAUUUAUUUGACUGGAGUUUCCUUCUUUAAUUGGAUUCACUUGUGUGAGCUUUGAUUUUUCUUUUUUAGAUUGAAAAACAAGUUGAUCCUUUAGAUUUUUUUUGAAAAGGAAACAACCUCAUUUAUUAAUAAAUGAACAAUGAAACUAAAUCUUAUAGUAUAAGAGGAUUAUACGAUGAGCAUUCAAACCAAGGAUAAGGAUGUGCAUUUGAGCAUCCCAGCUAAGUUGACACCCUCUUAGUAUCCUUAUCAUAUCCUACAUAAUAAAAAGAUAGAACAACUAAUAACGUCCAAGUGCAGGACUAACCACAACCAAUACAACUCAAAAAGGACAUAAGAAACAACUUCUAACCAGACUAGGAAUUAAAAAUACAGCCAGACAAAGAAAGAUUCUGAAACGGUUGGAAACACCAGAGGCUGUGAGCCAAAUCUGAAUCAUCAACAAGGAGGAAAGUUAAAAGGCCUGCCAGUUUAGUAAGAUAUAUUGCAUAGAGAAGUCUUUAAAUUGUUUUCGUAGAGAGCAUCACAAAGAGGCACUCAGACGUGCGCACUCGUAUCUAUUGAACCAAGAGGAGGCUUUAUUGUGGAAGACUCGCAGAUUUCUCUCAAACCACAGUUCCAACAAAAUUUCCUUGACGGUAUUGCACCAAAGCAAGGAGGCAUUUUUUCAUCAUAACCGGACCAAGAAGUAACUGUCUAACAUUAUUCUUGCAUUCUUUAUCAAGGUCUCAGCUGAGAUUAAAGGUGUGAAAGAGUUUACUCCUACACUUGGCAGCAUAUACACAUUCAAACAAGUGCUGGAGUUCCGCAUGAAAUUUGAGAUAGAAUGGGCAUAUAUGUGGCGAAAUAUAAUGAGUGGGUAACUUCUUUUGCAUAAUGGAUGCACAAAUUGAACUCCUGAACAACAUAAUCGAUAGAGUUAUACUUACCCUCGGGCUUUUAGAUUUCUGAAGGCUUUUUUCCAACUGUAGGUCCAUCGGAGUGGCAAGAGACAAGUGCUUCGAUAAUGACUUUACUGAAAAAACCCCAUUAGUUUCCAUUAACCAGAUUCUUUUAUUCUCAAUAUUGGAUAAUCUUGUCCUUUCCAAGGAGCCCAGGAGAAGUUGAAAAUUAGAGAUUUCAAGCUCCUAACAAUCUUCUGAAAUCAAGAAACCCAGAGGAAGUGGAGGCGUUCCAAUGUUCUACAACCGAGCCUUUUGGUUUAAGGGCAAUUCUGUACAGCUUGGGAGUGUGGUCUUCAAAGCAAUUCUAUCCAUUCAUGGAUCCAACCAAAACAAAAUUUUGUCACCCUUUCCAACUUUAAAAGCUGCCACACUAUCUAGAAAUAUUUAUCCAAGGGCUUCUUAAACUUGAAUUUUCUUUGCCACUUGUGUGCCACUGGAAGAGGCUACUCCCGUGAAUACUACAAACCACCUUAUACCAUAGAGAGUUUUGUUCUGCCAUGAACCUCCACCUCCACUUGGCAAGAAGAGUAAUGUUUCUAAAUUUCAGCUUGUCCAGCCCAAGGCCCCCAUCUCCUUGGGGUUUGGAAACUAAUUCCCAUUUCACUAGGUGGUUCAACUUGCUACCGUUGUUCCCUUCUCAAAAGAAGUUCCUCCAUGGUUCUUUCAAUGGAAUUAGAGAUUUUUUUGGCAUGAGGAAUGUUUAGCAAUUCCUCAUGGAUGCCGCUAAGGAGAUCUUACUUUCCCCAAUAUUAAUUCCGCAUAUAGAUGACUUUUCCCAAUUUAUCUUUUGCCCAUAACACUAAAAUAUUUCAAGCGUCUUUUUAACGUUUUCAUGAAUAACUUCAUCAAACUUGGAAAAUAUUAAGGUGUUGUCUGCAAAUUGAAGGAGGGGAACAUGAACAUUGUUCUUUCCUACCAUGAAACCUUCAUACAAACCGUUCAAGUGUAGAUUUGAGAUGAAACUACUAAGCACUUCGCUAACCAGAAGAAAAGAAAGAGGGAAAGGGGAUCCCCUUGCUUUAACCCUCUUGAGGCUUGAAUUCUUCCUCUGGGCCUCCCAUUGACGAAUUCUGAAUACUUAGGGUUUUUAACACAAUCCAUGAUCAAUCCAGCACACAAGCAGCAGAGACAGCGGAGUUUGAAGGCGUUUUCGGAGGCAGUGUCUGUUCCUAACAGAGAAAACUAGGGUUUUCACGACUAUGUCUUGCUUGGAUAUACAGCAAGUUCUCAAUGAUUACAAAACCAAAGACCCACUCACCAUCACUACUCUCAAGCUCAAUCAAAAGGCUCUUUCUGAUAUAAAUGGUUUGUCCCUUUUCAAAAACUUGGAGAAGCUUGAUUUGACAUUCAACAAUCUCACAUCGCUUCAGGGGUUGGAGUCAUGCACCAAUUUGAAGUGGCUCUCAGUUGUACAAAACAAACUUGAUAACUUAAAAGGAAUUGAAGGGCUUUCUAGACUUAAUGUAUUAAAUGCGGGAAAGAAUAAGCUUCGGUCAAUGGACGAAAUUAGACCCCUUGUUGGCUUUUGUGCUUUGAUUUUGAAUGACAAUGAGAUUGCUUCUAUUUGCAAGCUUGAUCAGAUGAAGAACCUGAAUACUCUGGUUCUUUCUAGAAAUCCAAUCCACAGUAUUGGAGAUUCUCUGUUGAAAGUGAAAUCAAUGAAAAAGCUAUCCCUUUCUAACUGCAAACAUCAAUCUAUUGAAUCCCUCAAGUUUUGUAUCGAACUUAAAGAGCUUAGACUUGCUCACAAUGAAAUCAGGAUGCUCCCCAAUGCUUUGGCUCAUAACAAGAAGUUGUUGAAUUUGGAUUUGGGAAAUAAUGUCAUCAUGAGAUGGUCAGAUUUAAAGGUAUUGAGUUCAUUAGGCUAUCUGAGGAAUAUUUAUGUUCGAGGGAAUCCUAUUGGAUAAAAAGAUUUGUCGACUGGUUCCAGGCUUGCGUGUAUUGAAUGCGAGAUCAAUUGAUAAAUGCAUUAAGAAUGAGAAUGAUAAUGGGAGUGAUAAAGAAGACGACACUCCAAUCAGGAGCCUAGAUCGUCAAAAAGAGAAAAAGGAUAGAAAACUGAAUGGGAAUGUUGAAACACACCCGUCUGUUCAAGGCACUGAUGGCAAACUUGAUCAUACUAAUGGUGCUGAUGUGGACAGGAAGUUGGAACGCAAAAAACGUAAGAUGGAUAAGGUCACCAGGGAGGAGAAAGUAAUUCCAUCUCUUGACAAUAAGAUAAAUCUCGGUACCAAUGAUAUUGAUAAGGAAAAGAAGACUUCAAAGCAGAAAAGAACAAAAAGCAAUAAGGAGCCAUCUUUGCCAAUACACAAGGAGACACUUACCAAGAUUGAAAACCAUAAGAAGAAAGCAAAGAAGGAAGGGGAAAGGCAGAUUGGUGUUAUUGACGACGCUGAAGUGCCAUUUGAACAGCUUUUCGGAGAUGAUCUUAUUGAAGACAUGGAUGCUGUUCUCCAAAAGGUUGGUGAGAAAGAAGUAGAGGAGAUGAUUUUAAAGCCUAACUUGGCAUCAUUUUCAGCUAAUAGAAAGGAAUCUAAAAGCCAAGAUCGAGUUGGAAGGUUACAAAUAUCCCCAAUAGUUGAAAUUGGAAUGGACGGAAUAUCAACAUGGGGGGAUGAGUAAUUGCAAUGCAAAGGCAUUCAGUUACUUGGGAAAAUUUGGAUCAAUCAUGGCAGCACCGUGGUCGGACAGGUGUGGAAUGCAGUAAUAGAAAAAGAGAAUGGGUUUUAGAAACUCAUUUCAGUUGUUUGUCUUGCAAUGAGCUAUGAAGCGUAAGCUACUGUUGUUGGGAGACUUGACUUUUGAUUUGGGGGAGUUCAUGAGAUGGAGGAUUUUUACUUUUCUGACUUAAACAAGUGACAUGCCAAAAGAUUUUGUAGCUUGUUGGUACCUGAGCAAGUUCUAAUUUGAAACUUACAUAUUUCUUCUUCAACAGCCUUAAAAUAGUGCAUAAUUAGAACUGUUAAUGCCUAAAUUGAAACAGAGGUGUUUGGGGGUAUAUUAUUUCAGUUUUUAUAUUAUUUCUAUAAUAGAGUUUGCCUUGUGUCUCUUAAAAAAAAAACAACACAAUCCAUGAUCGAAGAGAUGAUCCAUCAAUGAUUGAAAUUUUUCUGCUUCAAAAUUCUUUCCAAGAAACCCCAAUCAACUCGAUCAAAUGCCUCUCCAAGGUCCAGUUUGUAAUCCAUCCUUGCUUUUUUUGGACCUAUAAUACUCCACAACUUUAUUUGCAAUAAGUACAGGAUCCAGAAUUUGGCGGCCAUCCAAAAAGGCACUUUGAGUGAGAGCUCUAAUACUGGGCAUAAUUAUCUUCAUUCUUUCAGCAAGCACUUUUGCAAUCAAUUUGUACAGCAAAGUAGUGAAACUUAUGGGCCGGAAAUUAAUUACCUUUACUGCAUCUUCCUUUUUCUUGAUCAAGCAAAUAAAUUUCUCCUUUACAUGCAUUUAGUUUCCCAGUCCCAUAGAACUCAUUGAAUAAUUUACAAAGAUUGUCCUUGAGGAGAUCCCAAAAUUUGAUGAAGAAUUCUACUGUGAAGCUAUCCGGACCUGGAGCCUCUGUUUCUUCCCAUUGAUUUUAAUGCUGCCCUGAUCUCCACCAAACUAAAUUUUGAAAUAAGCCUUUUAUUUUGAUCUGCGAAACUACAAACCAAUAAAAAACGGAGGUGUGAGGAGAUUUCUCAUAGAGGGUGCUGUAGAAAUCAAGUAUUAAAUGUUCAAUUUCAAAGAAUAAAGUGGUUGGGUUUCCUUGAUUAUUAACAAGCUUCGGAAUUAGACUUCUUUUUUUUUUUUUUUUUCCCCCGAUGAGAACGAUGGAAGAAACUCAUAUUUUUGUUCCCCAAUUUCAGCCAAGUCAACUUAGUUUUCUGGAUUAUAUCUCUUUCCUCCCUUCUACAAAGAGCUAGAAGAUCCACUCUCUUAUUAACAAUAAGUGAUCCCCUGUGCACGUAUCCGGUUGAUCAUAUUUUUUCUCUUCUAGUGCGAUGGCUUUUAAUAAGGUUUCUUCAUGACUUUUCUGUUUUCUUUCAUAAUCUGAAUGCCAUGAUUUGAGUUGACCCUUAAUGUUUUGGAGUUGAGUUGAUAAGGCAAAGCCCAUCCAGCCCGGAGGAGUGCUUGUGGUUAAUGAAUUUUCAAUAAAUUGGCAGCAAUGCUUGUCUAGCAACCAGCUGUUGCAAAAUCGAAAA